AUGGCUAGGAAAAUUCUUGCUGAAGAAUGGCUGAAAGGAGUUGUUAAGGAUGUUGAAUUUAACAAAAAGGCUACAGGCAAGAAAGGCUAAUUGUUAGUUGAAUUACAAAAAUCUUAUAAAGGAGAUUCAAGAUUUAAAUUAGAUGAGAAAUUUAAUGAUGAUCUCAAUGUUGAUAAAUUGACAAAGAAAUUUAAAGAUUUAUAAUAAGAUUUAAUCUAAGAAAGUUCUGAUGAAGAAUAAGAUUUAGAAAUGGAAAUUGAUGAAAAACAAUUACAAAUUAAAUCAUAUUAAGAAGAAGUUAAUUAAUAAUUAGCUAUUCUUUCAAAAUUAAUGCCUGAUGAUGCCGCUUUUAUUUCUUAUUAAAAAAAACCUGAUAAAAAGAAAUAUAAUCUUAUUGUUCCUAAAUUUGAUCCCAACAACAUUGAUUAAAGAUUGAUAAAAAAGAAUGAAGAAAAAAAAAUAGAACAAGCAAAGAAAUAAAUUAAAACAGAAAUAGUAAAGGGUGUCGAUAAAAAAACAAUAAAAAUUGAAAAAGCUAACAAAUUAUUAUAGAGGGUUAAAGAAAAAUAAGAAAUCAAAUUAAACAUUGAUAAAGGGGCAUGGAAAAACAUAAUUUAAAAAGAAAGUUCAAAAGGAUUAUUUUCUUGAAUUUUAAUUUAUGCUAUAAAUUUUAAUUAAUG